AUGGAGAAGUCUCAAGCAACUAAUAAAUCAAAGAACAAGAUUCUAGGGUUUCUACCAAAAGCAGCAGUUUCAUUUCAAGACCCUACUUUUAGCACUGGUAAAGACAAGAGAUCAGAUGGAACGAAUGCUAAGAAAGGUAAUACCCAUCUGAACACAGGGUCUUCCAGCCCGAUUCGAUCAGGGAAAUCGAAGAACUCGAAUUUUGAUACACAAGAGCCAACUUCACCAAAGAUUUCAUGCAUGGGCCAAAUCAAGCACAAGAAGAAGCUAUGCAAAAACAAGUACGUUUCUUUGCCUAAAGAAUUCGAGCCCAAAAUCAAGCUCAUCGGGCAUCCGUCAGAGCUAAAGAAGAAACCAUCAAUGGUUCUGAAUAUGUUUAGCAGUACUGUAAAGCCCGAAAGAAGAAAAUCCGAUGCAUCAACGGAUCAUAAUAAAAAACCGCCUCUACCUGAUCGGGCUCCGAGUAUAAGCCAGAUGAAGCGGUUUGCUAGCAGUCGAGAUUCUCGUACACUGGCGAAUUUUGAUUGGAAAACUGCACAGAUUGCACCGGAGGAACGUGAAUACUAUUCAGAGGGAGGAGAAUAUGAUGUAAUUAUUCCUUUCUCGGCUCCAAUUGUGGUCGCCCGGAGUGGUUCCGGCGGCGGUGGGGUGGCGGUGGAGCCAAGGAAGGAAAUUAACUUGUGGAAAAGAAGAACCAUGGCUCAACCUAAGCCGCUCGUGUUAGAAAUGAUGCUGCCGAUUGUCGAAGAAUCGUUGGCGCCCAGUGGUCGCGGUCUAGGGCUCGAACAAGGCCGGAGGCAAGCAGAGCAACAACGGGUUCAGAUUGAAGGAGUGGGUAAUAGAUUAAUGGGUAUGGGUUGGGAGAAAGAGAGGAGCAACCGGGGUUGA